AAAGAACAUAACGUAUUUUUGCUGUCUCUGAUAUUCUAAAUUCGAUUUUUAUUUAUUUUAAAAGUUUUCUUUAUAUUUUAAUGUGCUAGUUUAAGGCCUUUACCUGCCAGUGUCCUCUCCAUAUAUUUAUUUCACCUCUCUAUCACUUAAAUUUCACCAUCACUUGAUUUCACUUCACUAUGGACUCUGUUCAACACUCCAUGAUGGAAAUGACUGCUACAUUUAAUAAGAAAAUGGCUGAGUUUCAACGGGAUCUGCAGAAUUUAAGCAGCAAUAAUUCACAACCUGCCUCUAAUAGCCCAACAUCCAAAUUAGCAGCUGAAUUCAACGCAUUCCAGUCCUUUGUGCUAUCAUCCCUCAAGACCUUACAAACUCAAAUUACAUUUUUAUCAAACCAGUUUAAUAAACUGGAGAUGCGGAGUCGUAGAAAAAUACUAUUGAUCCACGGUGUGCCUGAAGAUAGCAAGGAGCUUCCUUCCAAACUGGCUAUUAAAAUCUUGACGGAUCAUCUAAAAAAUCUAGAUUUGACAGAAGAUGCUAUAUCACGGUGUCAUCGCUUAGGUGUUUCAAAGAAAGAUAAGCCAAGACCUAUAGUCAUCAAAUUCAAAGAUGCUGUUAUGAGAAAUAGCAUUUGGUAUGCUAAAACUGAUUUAAAAGGCAGCGGUUUCACUUUAUCCGAGUUCCUAACCAAAGAUAGGCAUGAUGUUUUUGUGGCAGCAAGGGCUCGCUUUGGUAUUACUAACUGCUGGACCAAAGAAGGAUUCAUCUUUGUUCAACUUGCUGACGGUGCUAAGCAAAGGAUCUCUGUGAUGGCUGAUCUGGAUAAUAUUCCUUCCAUCCAUGCAAGUUCGUCCCCAGGUGCGACUGGAUCCACUUCCAACACUCAUAAGGGGUCCAAAUUGGCGCAGAAUGUUAGACCGAAGAGACCUGGCCGAGCUAAGUAAUCGCUGUACCAAAUUUUCAUGUAUUUUGUUUUUACUUCAAUCUUAAUUUCCCUUGUAGUAUCAUAUUUAUACAAUAUAUACCUAAUGUAUUUUUCAUUUCUCUUCCGUGGCUAAUAUCUAAAUUGUUAUAUGUUGUAACUAAAUAAUUAGUCUACUUGGUAGGUAGUUUGUAAACAGUAAUUGUAGGUAUUAAUAAUAGUAUAGUACUCGAUUAUUUUUAUUCUAUCACGUCACUAUCACAAUAAUUCUGACUGUAAUAAUAUUAUGACAAGUGAUAGCAAUGUCAAAUGUCAACGCAAUGUCUUUGUGAAUUAUUGUUGUUUGUAAUUUUCUAGUUUUGGAUACUUGUCUUUUGGUUUCGAUUACUUUUGUAGCAAAUUUAAGUGUCUCACGUUUUACGAAACUGGUGGUAAUGGAGUGUUUACUG